AUCAUUUCAAAGAGGCCCUGCAGUUCCUCCCCGCCAGGUUAGGACCGUGCAAGUACCCUACGACCAUCGCAGCAUGAAGCCGGCGGCAUUUUCCGCCCCUUGCGCCGUAGGCCGCGCGCCCAUUUUUGCCUCGCCAGCAACCCCGAUGAUAAAGCCCUUCUUCACCAAAACUGCUCCCAGAAGAGCCUAUCGCGGGCGCGUCUCGCUGCAGCCGCGCGCCGAGGCGCCCCCGCCCCCGCCAGACGAAACAGCGCGGGAGGAGCAGGAGAAGAAAGUAGAGAAGAUGCGAUCCCGUUUACAAGGCCUGUUUGGGGUAGAGGAAGAUACUGUGAAGACGGAAAGUACUGACGAGUUCGAUGGCGCGGCGCUCAGAAACGCUGUCCGCGAGCGCUGGGGUGUACAGUACGAUGUCCAGCCGCAAAAGAGGCAUGGACGAGUUUACGUGCAGAUUAUGUGGCGUUACUUCGAACAGCAAAGCUUCUAUAUGGAAGAAGAUGAGUUUGCUUGCCACUGCGAAGCUGUUGCGCAACUUCUGACUGAGUGGAAUGCAGUCGACUACUUUUGUGAUUACAUUUCAUCUAUCAAGAAGAAACCUGUUGUGGGCAUUACCAUAAAUAUUCCAAUCCCUGGCAUAAACGCCGACAAAGUGAGUUUCAAAUGAGGCUUACAAAUUUGAAGUGGGGUCUUUUGCUCUGGGUGCCAAGGUAUAAUAUCAGUUUACGUGCAUAAAAUAUUUGGCAGUCUUCGUGCUGCCUGGGUUCAAGAAGAAGUGUGAAGUUCAUUCUGCCGAAGAAGAGAGUACUGUAGUUGCAUGAACAAGAGUUUGCCUCUCAUACAGAGGUUGUCUGUUCGCUAAAUGCUCUCGUCGACAUCCGGCGAGCAGGCAUCGCGGCUCGCACGGUAGAGACAAGCGAUGCCCAGGAUCUUAUGAUCCACGGAGCUUACGUACUGUUCAUAUGCACGUGUACAACGUGUCUCACCUGUUAUGUAAGCCCGGAAAGGCCUCGGUGCCGAACAAUCGGAAAAAAGCAAAAAUCGUCCCA